UCCUCUCUUCUCUCUUGUUAAAAGUCAGUCCGCGUCUCACUCUUUCGCUGUUCAUUAUUUUGAUCAUAUACUGGAGUCACCAUCAAGACCAAUGGGGCAUGAAUCUAGAAAGUUCACUUGGGUGAUUAAAAAUUUCUCAUCUUUGGAAUCUGAGAAAAUAUACUCAGAUCAAUUCGUCAGCGGUGGCUCCAAAUGGCGUCUCAUGGCCUUUCCCAAGGGACUUCGUAAGGAUGAUCAAUUGUCCCUAUUUUUGGUGGUUGCUGAUGAUAAUUUGCCUUCUGGGUGGACAAGGCACGCAAAAUUUUCCAUUACGAUAGUUAAUCAAAUUCCCGGAAAUGCCUCUCGACAGCUAGAAUCUCAACACUUGUUUAAUUGCGAGGAAACGGACUGGGGAUUUUCAUCCUUUAUUCCCCUUAGUGAGCUUAAUGCCAAAAAUGCUGGGUUUAUUGUUAAUGAACAAGUCAAUAUUGAUGUGGAGGUAGAGGUUCUUGAAGUUGUUGGCAAACUAGAAGUACCAGAAAAAUCUGAAGAGGCAAUCCCACCUCUGACUCUGACAAAGACAAAGCUGGAUGAUGGUUGUGAUUGGGUAGAUGUCAAUGGGUUUCAAGUUCUUUCUUCACAAGUGAAACUCGUGAGCCGUAUCUUUGAAAAACAUUCUGACAUUGCAUUAGAAUUCCGUGCAAAGAACCAACAUCUGAGGAAAGCAUGCAUGACUGUCCUACUCUCCCUGAUCGAAACACUCUGCCAGUCACCUCAGGAGCUUUCCAGCGAAGAUCUGGUGGAAGCGCAGAAUGCACUAGCACACGUGAAAGAUGCGGGCUUUAAGGUGGAUUGGUUGGAGAAGAAGCUCGAGGAAGUGAAGGAAAAGAAGGAGGAGGAGCAGACCGGUGAGGCUCGGAUGCAAGAGUUAGAGGAAGAACUGAAGGACCUUAAGCAAAAGUGCUCAGAGAUAGAAGCUUUGUUGGAGAAAGAGAAGGCAAAGGUGUCUGCCGCCAGAACUCAUCUAACACUGGAUGAGUUUUUCUAACUGGGGUCCUGCUUGCUGUGUUCUGGUCUGUUCGUUUCAAUCUCUAGGAUGUUUUAAUUGUAAUGCACCGAGUUUCAGUGGAAAACAAUGUCUUUUUUUCCAUGCCUUUGUGAACGGAUAAUUGCCUGUAAAUAGUUUACUUAAAAAGUUUUACAGUUUUCUAUAUUUAGCU